UCAAAGUUGGCAGCAACGUCUCUGCUCGGGUACUCUCUCAACCCUCUGUUUUCAUCCGCAGCCGAAGCUUGUGAAAAGCUUAUAAAAGUUGUAUAUCUCCAUGUUUUCACACGCGUGAAGUGGGUUUUCACUCAGAAUGGAAGGUAAAGUUAUCGGAGCGGGUCCGUACAGGGCGACCAAGCUGUGGAAUGAAACCAUUAAACUCUUCCGUGGGGGGAUGCCAUUGAGAAGACACUGGGCACACUUCCGCUACUAUGAUUGCAGUUUCACAGGAUCCGAGGCUGUGGAUUAUCUGCAUGAGCUGCUGAGGCGCAACUACAACUUUGGGCCCGAGGUGACUCGCUACCAAACUCUGCAGCUCCUCAGGAAGUUCCUCAAGGCCCAUGUCAUUGAAGACAUCAAAGGACGCCAUGGGACAGAGGACUUUGAAGACAGUGGCCAUCUGUACAGGUUCCCCAUGCUCUCUCCCCUCAAGUCUUUUCCAACAAGGCCUGUGUUAAGAGACAGCAGUGACCUGCCCAGACUCAUUCGCUGGGAUGACUACGAAGAAUUGCCUCAGCGUGAAAACAUUGCACCCCUGAAGUCUGCUGUCAUGACCUCAGACUUGUGGAAUAAAAGGCACAGUGUAGCUAUUGGGGAUGUACAUGAAUGCAAGCUCAUACGGAGGAAGGAGAUCACCCCAAAACAAGUGGACCACAUCUGGAAAUCAAUGACGGUUGCGCAUUUGCAGAGAGUGCUGGGCCUAAAGUCACUGGAUGGAGUUUUAAACCCAACACACGUGAACGGCAAGCACAUCGUUCACAAUGUGUUCAGCGUGAAUAAGACGGGCAUUGUCCUAUUGGAGAACAAAGCUGAGGACAUGCCAUACUGGGUGAUAUCAGCAAUGAAGUGCCUCGCCAAUUGGCCUAAUGGCAAUGAAAGCAAACAGCCAGUGUACCCGGGUUUCGAGAGGGAUGUUCUGAGAACAGUAGGAGAUUACUUUCAGAGACUCAAAGAACCCCUGCUGACUUACCAUCUAUAUGAAGUCUUUGUCAACAUUCUCAGUCUGCUGCAGGAGCAGGAGGUAGCCACUGAGGCUCUUCAAGUCAGCUGUCUCCUGCUGCCGCCGCCCAACCGGAGACGCCUCCAGCUUUUGCUGCGUCUCAUGGCCCGGGUCUGCCAGAAUCCCCACCUGCCUCCACUCAAUGACACAAUUGCUACCCGCACACUGAUGGUACAGAUGUUCUCGCACUGCGUUCUGGGGUCAGUAGAUGACAUGGACUUGGACGAGCUGCUUGCCACCAAACUGGUGACCUUCAUGAUGGAGCACCACAACGCCAUCUUCCAAGAUCCUCGCAAGCUGCGUCACCAGGUUGAGGAGCACCUGUCCCACCUCAAAAGAGUUCAGAUUAAAUACGCAGGAUCAGAUACAGACUUCAGUGCAUCUCCAGCUUUUUGUAAACAGAUCAGCAGGGUGGAGUCUGAGGAGCAGAAGGUGAUAGGAACCCAGACCCCCCUGCAAGAGCUGCUGGAAGGCCUGAUUGCAGACAAAGAACUUCCGGCCAAGGACAAGAGGAAAAGGCUUAAACAGUUCCAGAGGUCGUACCCAGAAGUCUACCACAAUCGAUUUCCCACUGAGGAAAGCAAAGCUGCUGUCAUACCUGAGAAAACCCCGCGACUCAAACCUCCUCUCAUGUUCUUUAAUAUCAAGAAACCCUUCCAGCCCUUUCAGAGGAGCUGGAGUUUUAGGGCAUGAGCUGCCACCUCUGACAAAUCUGCACUUCAGGCUGUAUACACAACUCAACCUCAGUGUCAUGAGAUAAGGAACAAUGUGGCUGUAAUGGUGCUCUGGACACAAUUCUGGUCACAGAAUGGUUACACUAUAAUUAAUGUUUAAAAAUAAUGAAUUAGACUUGCACUAUUAAACUAAGAUAAUAAUUUAAAGGGUCAGUUCACACAAAUACAUUUAACAUUAGUAAUAAUGAUAAUAAUAAGACAUUCCCAUUGUGGAUGGCUGCACUGACCCUUUUUAAGAAAUAAAAUUGUACUUAUUGUGUUGCUAGAAAACUAAAAGUAUAGGAAACGAUCUAACAUUAACACUGAGUUUCUUAAUAUGAAAGAAAAAACUGUGUGUUGGUACAAUUUCUACCAAGAUAUUUUAUGUUAGAAAGGUCUAAUAAGCAAGGAUGGUGGUUGACUGACACUGCCAUUCCUCUACCUAAAUUGAAUGAAAUGCAUUUCAAAAGUAUUAAUAGGUUAUUAGGUGUUAACAUUAAUAGGUUGUGAAAAGUGAAUGAUCAAAGCGCGUACUCUUAAAUGUUAAUGUUGUUUUUUACUGUAACAGAAAUAUUCAGAUGUAUUUCUUAAAGCGGAUUAUGUAAAUUCAUGAGCUUGACUCUAAUAAUGCAAGGAUGCAUUUCAUUUUCAUGGUUAACUUUUUGAUGUUGUAUGGCCAUUAUGAUGUUGAACCUAGCCAAUUCAAAGCCUAAUCUAAAAUCCGUCAAUAAACAUAUCAAGGGUUUGCUAAGAAAGUGAAAUGUUACUGAAAAGCUCUAGAUGAGCGGAUUAUUGCAUUUUGAACUACAAAAAAAAAAUCAGGAAUGAGGGAAACAUCUACAAUGCCUAGGUGAAAAGUGUAGGUUGCAUUUUCUGUAAAAAGUGUACAACUGCAUUAAUAUUUUUUAUCCUGAUGACCUGAAUCCUAAUCUCAUUAAAAGGGAAAAAGGGUGAAAGCAAACAUUUCACCUGCUGAAAACUGACACCCCUUUUUCUCUUAUCCCUCCCUACACCUUACUUGACAGUUCCGACUGUGUGUGCACUGUAAAAACUCAUUUCAUGUUUUUACUUGUUGGUUUUAUUCUGUAUUUAAGAACUGUUGUCUUGAUUGGUACAUAUUUCAAUGUCUCAAACGUUCUUACUUCACUGUUUUCAAUGUAUAUCGUCAUUCUCUGUUACCUGCUGCUCUGUCAUGUCAAUCAGGUUGUUUUUUACUUAAUUGACUUUGUUUCUAUUUUUAUAAUGAUUAAGUGCUGAUGUUUCUAUAUGGAUCUUCCUAAAUGCUCUUGAACAAAUGUAAUAAUGCUGGAACAACUGUUACACUUGAAAUUGCUGCUCUGUGCUGGAAAAAAAUCAUCAGGAUAAAAUUGAAUUCAUGUUUAUGCUGAUUUUGAUAUAAAACUAUUUGGCAAAUGUAA